AUGGCGGCGCCCUUGGAGCUCAGGUGCUGGGGAGGCGGCUGGGGGCUCCCGUCGGUGCACAGCGAGUCACUGGUGGUGAUGGCUUACGCCAAAUUUUCUGGUGCACCCCUGAAAGUCAAUGUCAUAGAUAACACCUGGAGAGGUUCAAGAGGAGAUGUACCAGUUUUGACAACUGAAGACAGUAUUGUUUCUCAGCCGGCAAAAAUACUAAACUUUUUAAGAAAACAGAAAUAUAAUGCCGAUUAUGAACUGUCAGCAAAACAAGGGGCAGAUACACUAGCUUACAUUGCUCUCCUCGAAGAGAAGCUUCUUCCUGCAGUGCUUCACACAUUCUGGGUUGAGACUGACAAUUACUUUACUGUGACAAAGCCAUGGUUUGCUUCACGAAUGCCUUUUCCCUUGAGUUUGAUCCUGCCUGGAAGAAUGUCUAAGGGAGCACUGAAUAGGAUUCUCCUGACCAGGGGAGAGCCUCCCCUCUACCACCUCCGGGAUGUAGAAGCUCAGAUAUACAGAGAUGCCAAGGAGUGCCUAAAUCUUCUGUCAAACAGACUGGGAACAUCUCAGUUUUUCUUUGGAGAUACGCCUUCUACUUUGGAUGCCUAUGUGUUUGGUUUUCUCGCACCUCUUUAUAAAGUAUGCUUUCCUAAAGUUCAGUUACAAGAACAUUUGAAACAGCUCUCCAACCUGUGUCGCUUUUGUGAUGACAUCCUAAACAGUUAUUUUAGGCUUAGUCUUGGAGGCAUCUCUCCUGCUGGACAAGAAACGGUAGAUGCAAAUCUGCAGAAACUCACACAACUUGUAAAUAAGGAAUCCAACUUGAUUGAAAAGAUGGAUGACAAUCUUCGGCAAAGCCCUCAACUUCCUCCUCGGAAACUGCCAACACUUAAAUUGACUCCAGCAGAAGAAGAAAGUAAUUCCUCACAACGGCUAUCACCCUGA